CAGUGAUGCAGUUUCAUCUGUUUAUUGAACGGGACCAACAGUCAAAUACACAAAUACAAAAUGAUAACACUCGCAAGGAGCAUGGAGGAGAUGUUUACGUUGAAAAUGGCCAACCGGAGCUGAAGUAAGCACUCCUGAUGUCGCUUUCUAGGCCAUGCCACCCUUAAAAGCACACAUCAACAAACAAAUGCACAACUGAACUACUAUGCGCGUGUAUGCGUGUGACUUUCGUCAUAUUUACACUUCAUAUUUCUUUAGUCUCUUUUAUUAUAUUUUAUCACAUUUCUAUAUUUUAUUUUACAAUACAGUGGUAGCAAAAUAAUUUGUGGUGUUUUUGGGGCGGCUGGAAUGGAUGAACUGUGAACCCUGCUAUUCGCGGUGGGUAACCAACCAGCCCUGCUAAGAAUAGUGAAAAUCUGCAAAUUAAAGGGGUUUGUAAUUGCAUAUAGUUGCCAAAAGAUGGCAGCAAAGCACGUAGACAGAGACUGGUAUUCCCUUUGGAUUGAUUUAUAUACUGUGGUCUGUCACAAGAUAAAGAUUAAUCAGGUAAAUGUCAAUACCACGCAAGUAGCAUGUACAUAAUCAUGAAGCCAUGUUACAUUGACGAAAGUAUUCAAUGGUUAAAUUAUUCAACACAAACAAACUAUCUUCACGUGAGGCUUAUUAACAGUAUUAGCUAGCAUACUAGCCUAACUAACACGCUAGCACAAAUUGACGUGAUAUCACACAUAGGCAAACAAAUAUCCAGACUAGCACUUGACACAAACAGUCUAAGUCAUUAAACUCACCUUUUGAUAUUUACACACGAUAAUAGAUAUUGGAAAAUUAGACAACGUUGGAAAUUAGUAGCUGCAUAGCGAUAAAUAAAAACCAUAUUUUCAGUUUGACUGCUUGUGGUACAUUCGAGGACUGCCAACAAAACAGGACAUCACAAAAAUGGAUGGAGAAACACCAUCAAUGAAUUAAACUUUUUUAGCAAAUAAUGGAGCAUAGAUUCUGUUAAAAAAAAUUAAAUAUGCAAAACGUGAAUAUGAGCGGGUUUACUAAAAUGGCAUUUUAAAUCAUCUCAAUGGGGAACGUUGAAUUUGAGCAUGGUCCAUCCAUCCAUCCAUCCAUCCAUUAUCUGAGCCGCUUCUCCUCACUAGGGUCGCGGGCGUGCUGGAGCCUAUCCCAGCUGUCAUCGGGCAGGAGGCGGGGUACACCCUGAACUGGUUGCCAGCCAAUCGCAGGGCACAUAGAAACAAACAACCAUUCGCACUCACAGUCAUGGCUACGGGCAAUUUAGAGUCUCCAAUUAAUGCAUGUUUUUGGGAUGUGGGAGGAAACCGGAGUGCCCGGAGAAAACCCACGCAGGCACGGGGACAACAUGGAAACUCCACACAGGCAGGGACGGGGAUUGAACCCCGCACCUCAGAACUGUGGUACCGACUCAACUCCAAGACGGGCAAGAAGGAGAAGGAGCGAGGCGACAUUCAAGUUAGCAUCCAGUUCACGCGCAACAACCUGACGGCUAGCAUGUACGACCUGGUCAUGAAGGACAAAGGGGGCGUUUCCACCUUCAGCAAACUGAAAGAACGCAUGAGGGGCAAGAGGAGAUCCAGCGAAGACGACUCAACCUCGGCCCCCGGCGCCACACUGCCCGAGGGCGCCGACCCGCUGUGCCGCAUGCGUCAACGUUUGCCCAGCGACGGGGGCGGCGAGGAGGACUAUGAGGACGACGAGGGCGGCGAAGUGAGGCGCAGUAAGAUGAGGACCUUCUUCCUCCGAGGCAAGCUGAGAAAGUCGUCGGACACGCGCUCCAGUACGUCGCUGGGCUCUGAGAGCAGUGAGUCGUCGCGGGGGGGCAGCCUCAGCCCCACGGCGGGCAUCAGCGUUGUAGUCUCCGACCUCUCCAACUCGCCCAGCAACAGCAGCAACCUGACCGCUGACAGCCCAGAGCACACAGCAGACACAUCACCCAAGUUAUCUCCCGUGCGCUGUGACUUUAGCGACGAGAUCAAUGAAAUCACCAUAGCCGUGCCUCAGCUCUACGCGGGUGUCAACGGAUCGCACAAGCUGCAGCCCCGGGAUCAGGCCUCGGCAGCCCCGGGUGCUUCUUUGGCCGUGGGGCACCUGCAGAAGACAUUGCCUCUCUCAGUGUCGUUGCAGAACCUCCGCCCGCGGGCCUCAGCCGACCCCCUGCACGGCACCGUGGGCGACGGACGGCGGUGGUCUUUCGACAAGGCCGGUGAGGAGGAGAGCGCGGCCAUCGCGGCAGCCAUGGAGAAAAACUGCCCCGCGCUGGGCCGAGAAGACAAGCACGAGGAAGCCGAACGAGACCCUGGCACUGAGGGGAAACACAAAGGAUGGUUCCGGUCCAUGGACUUGCACAGUAAACCCAGCCCGGGGCCGCUUCCUAAACUAGACCCCAGCACUGAGCCGCCCGUUUCCCCAUUGCACCACUCUAAUCCCUUCUGUCCCUCGCCACCCAUGUCACCAGUCAACCCUUUCCUCUUGCAAGACGUUAUCUACGAUGCCUCCCCGCCCCCUCUGCCCUUUCUUUCCAGUUCUCGGCCACCCAUAGAGCAACUCUUUCCAAAGGCGAGUCACCCAAUCACCCAGAUUUGGGACAGUCCAACUACCGAAGACCUUGUCAUUAAAAUGGGCAGAGUUGCACCAACAACAUCCAUGAAAGAGAAAAUACAUUUAAGCAAGAAGUCUUCCAACCCUUUUACAACUGCAGAAGAACAGCAACCUGAUAGAGAAUGGGACGAUUCCUUUGAGGAGUUUGCGACUUGCAGGCUGCAAGGGCCGAAAGGCCAAACAUCGGACAGCUUAGCCAGUGUCCAUCAGAGGGAACGUGGAAGCGAUGAAGGGAUUGACUCCCUGAAUACCAAAGGUGUUACAUUGAGCAACUACACGAACUGUGGCCACCUGCACUCUCUGGACCCGAUCCCGGAGGAUGAAAGCUUUGAGUACUGCAACAACGUCUUUAGCACAUCUGCUGUCUCUGCGGAAUUCUACCCGGCCCCUGAAUGGCAUAAAGCUAACAGCACCACUAACAUGCCUCCCUGCUUUUCAGAUCCCACUGGUUCGUCAGGUAUCGGUAGUUCGGUUGAAGAUGAUUUCCUCUCCUGUUUCUCUUCGUAUUCGGCGUCAGACAAGUUCUCAGCAUGUUCCUCGGAUGAAACCGAGCCACAGACUUUAGAGAGUGUUGUUCCCAGCUUGGAGAUCUUGGCCCAAACUGCUGUCAUUCCAAAGGGUUCUAGUUCUACAGAUGAGCUUUUCACUGAUUCAACCCAACAAACUGUGAAUCAGAGUGAAGAUUCGGAUUGGUGGGACUCAGAGGGGUCGCUAGUCUUUACGCCACCGCCGACCAUGUCUACCGGAAUGACGACGGGUUUAGAAGCUGCAGACAUGCAGACGCCAGAGAACCUGGACCUACAGCAAAAUUCCAACAUCUCUCCGCUGUCUGACGACAAGAAUGAAGGGGUACCUCAAGGUGAAUCCAGUGGCCAACCAUCUCUGUAUGUCCGCACCUCUUCACCAGGAAUUGGCCAUUCCUCAUCUUUUGAAGACCAGGAAAUGCAGGAGGGUUGCUGGGAGUCUCCUGUACCCUUCAAGCCUUUUGGAUCUUUUAACCAGAGCACCAAUAGCCUCCAAAGCCUCUACGUUACCGCCGACUCACAAGACGACCAAAAUUGCCAUUCUCUAGCGCCCUCAGAAUCCUCUGCGGUAUCCGAGCCUGCUGAGAGGUUCCACUCUGAGAACUUGACCUUCUGUGGCGAGCUGGGAGAGAUUCUGGAAGCUGCUGGUGAUUCAGUGAGUCCAGAUGGACCAAACAACCAAUCUGACUGGUUGUCUCCGGUGCCGGAAAGCAGACCAGAUACUGGUGAACCAGGUUUCACAGCAAGGGACAACAUGAGUUCUCAAUUUUUCCCUGCCACAGACAUGUUUCCGAAACCUGUUGCGGGCAACCAAUUUGCUGUUCUCGACGGACAGUUUGUAAAAAAACCUCCACCACAACUCCCAAAAAUAUCCCAGAGUACCAGGAGCUUUCUCCAAAGCCUCAAUGGCAACUUGGCACGCCAUCAAAACCAGUACGGUAUAUCUGAGCCCUCUGAGACACUCGACUCACUUGAGGGUGAUCAGUUCACCGAUCUGGGUGACAUGUUUGUGAAAAAAACUUCACGACAACGACCAAAAAUAUCCCAGAGCACCAGCAGCUUUCUCCAAAGGCUCGACAGCAACUGGCAGGACCACCAAAACCUUAACUGCGUGUCCGAGCCCACUAAGAGGGUAGAUUCUGAGAAAUCCACUUUCUGUGGGGAGCUAGGAGAGAUUCCGGAACCCACCAGUGCUUCGGUGAGCCCUGUGGGUUCUACCAGUGGCGCAAAUAACCAGCCUGAUUCAUCGUCUCUGGGGACAGAGGACAGACCAGAUACUUUUGAGCCAGGUUUCACAGAUCCUUGUGACUUAGGCUUCACAGCAGGGAAUGAGGGGGGUUCUCAAUUCCUCCCCGUGACCCCUACAGACUCUUAUCUGAAGCCGGUUGAGGGCGACCAGUUCGCUGUUCUCGAUGAUGUGUUUGUGAAAAAACCUUCGCCAGAACUCCCUCAAAUAUGCCAGAGCACUAGGAGCUUUCUCCAAAGCCUCGACGGUAACUUGCAAUACCAUUACGACGUAGCCACGCCCACUGAGAGGAUUGUCGAUACCAACUGUGGGGAGCUAGGAGAGAUUCCGAAUACCGCCAGUGCUGCAGUGAUUCCAGAGUGUUCUCCUGAUGACACGAAAAAACCAAAUGAUUUGUUGUCUCUGGUGACGGACAACAGACCAGAUCCGCAUGAGCCUGGUUUCACAGAUUCUUGUGAGUCAGGUUUAACAGCAGGGGAUGACGGGAGUUCUCAAGAUCUCGCUGCAACUCCAUCAGACUCAUACCCGAAGCCUGUCAGGGUCAAUCAGUUCACUGCUUUCGAUGACAUGUUUGUGAAAAACACUCCGCCACGACUUCCCAAAAUAUUCCAAAGAACCAGGAGCGUUCCCUCAUUCCUCCGAUCUCAAAACCAUUAUGGUGCAUCCAGGCACACUCAGAGGCGGGGCUCCGAGAACUCUACCAUCUUCGGUGAGCUCGGCGAGGUUACAGAAGCCGCUGGUGCUUCAGUGAGCCGUUCCGAUAGUGGACCAAACAUCAACACACACAUCAGUGAUUGGUUGGCUCUGGUGAUGGAGGACAGACGAGAUACGCGUUUCCCUGAAGGGGGCCGCAGGAGUUCGCAAGUUCUUCCGGCAACUUCAAAAGACUCGAAGCCCGACGAGGUUCUCGAUGACAUGUUCAUGAAUAACCCAUUGCCGCAACGCCCCACAUUGCACCGCACCCAGUCUGAGAGUACGUUCGCCUGGGACAAGACCCUUCCACUGUCCUUCUGGAACGAGCCCCGCCCCCUCCAGGCAUCAUCCACACCCCCUGCCUCCCCCUCCCUUUCCACCACCUCCGCCCCUCCGCUAACCCGUCAAAGUAGUUGCUUCCCCUCGUUCCUUUCCAAUGCUUCGCCGCUGCCUGCCACGCUGAACUCUCAGGAGGCGCAGGAAAGUCGGCAGCAGCACGCCGCCCGUCAGGAGCCCAGCCCCCACCCGGUGCGGCCCCUGAGCGGCGGCUCGCUGGCUGAAAGCCGCUCGGUCCUGGAGAAGAUCAAGUCCGGCAUCCAUCCCGGCAGGAGCGGCCAGCCCGGCGAAAAGAUCCUGACAGAGGGCGCCGGCUCGUACUACCACCUGACCCACAGCGAGCUGAUCGGGCUUCUGGUGCGGCGCGAGGCCGAUCUGGAGCUGCAGAAGGUCUCCUUUCAGCAGCAGCGCGCCCUGCUGGCCAAGCGGGAGGUGGAGCUGCGUAGGCUGAAGCCGCAGGUCCGGGACCUGGAGGACUACAUUGACACCCUUCUGGUGCGCAUCAUGGAGCAGAAGCCCACCCUCCUGCAGGUGCGCUCUAGGCUCAAAUGACGGCCCCCCCACCCCAACAGCUUUUUAGUCUUUUCACUGCUACGGUGUCCCUUUUUUGAUACAAGCGUUUUGCAACGGUUCUCAAACUUUUUGGGUUCAGUAGAACAUGAUUACCACGCGUACCCCUAAAUGCCAUCGGGAUUAAAACGUUACCUUUUACGAAGAGAAAGUUUGUAAUGUUAUGAUAACAAAUUCAUAUUUUGGGGAGGAAAACGGUUGAAAUUCUCACAUGAACAAAUAUGUAUUUUGUCUGGACAAAAAGUUGUAUUUUUCCAAGAUGAAGUCACAAAUUAUGAUAUUAAAGUCACGGUUUAACAAGGCAAGAAAGUCAUAUAAGGCUGCAACUCACAAUUAUUUUAAUGAUCGAUUAAUCUGUUUAUUAUUUUUUGGAUGAAUCGGACGAAAAAACAUUUUUCAUUUCCAUGCCUUUAUUCAAAAACAGGACAUUAUUUCAAAUUGAUAGGGCAGAAAAUGCACAAACCUAAACUGGUUAUGAUUCAGUUUCUGGUUUUGUCCGUAACAUUUCAGAAAAUGAUUGAACUUUUUUCCCCCCCGAGAAAAACAUGAGGGGUGCGCCGCUGACUUUAAUUCUAGGGUGGCAGCGCCCACCCCUGGCCACCAGGUAGCUCCGCCCCUGCAAAACAACGAAUAUUUGGGGUUCAUUGUACCCCCUAAAGCAAAAGGAAAUAAAAAUAUGCCUGUUUAUGAGAGAAAAAAGUUGUCACCUUACCAUUAUUAUUUUAGUUUUAUUGGCCCGCUUUGAAAUGAUAUGACAUACAGUGAUAAUGUAUUGCAAAUUAUUUGGCGGACCCGCAAGAUAGGACUCGUGUAGCCCCGCGGGUACCCAGAUCCCAGUUUGAGAACCACUGGUUCCGAGAUGCUGCAGUGUUCCGGUCGUGCUCGCUGAUCCUUAGCUGGUCCUCAGGUUGUUCUCAGCGCAUGCGGCACGUUUGCUUGGUUUUAACAUGGUGGACAUGUGAGCAGCCGUGUUGUUGGAUGCCGACUCGGAGGGGGGGGGGAGUGGAGAAAAAAACAAACAAAAAAACGAAGAAAAAAAAAACAUCCUUUUCACCUCACCUUGCCUGUUUUGAUCACAAAUGGGAGCAAAUGCAGACUGUUCAACCUUAUUUGUCGAUUUCAUCAUGAACUGCUGGACAUUUUUUACAGCGACGUGUGGAGAAGGAAAAGACACAACUGAAGGCAAUAAUUGUUCAAAGUCUGAACUUUUGCAAGAAAACGAUUGGAGGGGCACCGACCCCUUAGAUAGGCUAAAUACUGCAAAAAAAAAAUGCUUUUUAUUUUUUUAUUCCAAAUUUUAUGUGCAAUCUGCUUUGUUUUACGUCAAAAAGGAACAUUAUUAAGCUCACUUACAAUUAGGGCCACACUUGUCUUCUUAUGAGAAUAAAGAUAAAACUUAGACAUUUUUUGAGAAUUUUUUUUAAUUUGACAAGAGCAUAGUUUUAAUAUUAUGAGAAUAAAGGUGUAUAUUUUUGGGUAAAAAAAAUAAGUAUAGAUUAAGAAAAACAUUGUUUUUUUUAAGUGAAUAAAGUUGUUUUCUUUCAUGAAAAACAUGAUAAACCAGGAAUAAAAUUGUAAUUGUAUGAGGGGAAGUGAAGGAAGUUUAAUUUCAUAAUGCAACUUUUUCUCUUAUUACUUUUUAUCCGGAAAAUCUCGGCAGAUUGAAUUAUUUACCAAAAAUAGACAGCAUUUGUUUUCUCGUAAAAAUACAAGUAAUUAUCUUGAAAACGUGGCUUUACUUUAAUAAGAUUGCGACUUUAUUCUCAAAAGAUAAUGACUUUUUUAUAGGAAACAUGACUUUUUUUUCCAGAAACACAAACAAAAUUUUUGUUAUUGUAAAAAUAUUUUUUUUUCCCUCAAAUAUAUAACUUUUUUUCUCAAAGAUAUACACCUUUAUUCUCGUAAAAUUACGUUUUUGUUCUUGAAAAUCUCUUUUUCUUUGGGGAAAAAAAAAACAUGUUCUUGUAGGAUCAUGAUUUAAGUCUUAGAUUAUUAUUUUUUUUCGUUUUGGUGUGGCCCUAAUAUUCCUUGGUAGCAGACGCAGUAACGUCGAUCGAUUGAAGCUGGUCACAUUUGCUAGGCUCCUUGUUGCUAGGCAGAAUUCACCGGGCUCAAUGGUAAAUGCCCCAUAGGCCAAUGAAAGUUAAUUAGCACGGUCACUUGGCUGUUUGAUGAAGGAAAUGACUCCCAAAAUAGGAUCAUUAGGUUAAUUUAUACAUCUCAGUUUCGCAGUUGAAAAGCUGUUCUGUAUUAAAUAGAAAAUGUGCAACAGAAAAGUCUGUAUUUAUGGUUGGAUUCAUGAAGAUUUCAUUUUUUUGUUUUUAUCCCACAAGUUCUCUCGUCGUGCACUGACGAAAAGCAGUACAAGAACUUGGCGUUGUAAUUACUCGAUUAGCUGAUGCUGUGCUAUGCUAGCUGACCAAUGUUCAAAAAGUGUUCUUAGCCAGCGAGCGAAUGCUUCUUUCUGUCCCAUUUGAAGCUUUUUUCUCAAUUCUGAAUAACAACCCACUUCUGCUUGCCAGCGUGUAAAACACAUUUAAACAUACAGUGUAAACCCAAAUGCCAACUGCGCCUUAGUUUUCAUUUUCUUUUAAUGUUUUUAUUUUUUUAAUCGAGCACUUAAGCUAAUAAAAUGCGAUGUUGUCUAUCAGAGGUUCUCAAACUUUUUGAUGGGGAAACAUUUUUCCAGGACCCCUCAUAAUCCUAAUGCCAAUUAAACAUCAGUAAAUGCCGCAGAAAUUCAGAAAAAAAGUUGUCAUAACAAAAAAGAAUUGAAAAAAAGUUGUAAUCUUAACAAGAUUGGGCUAAGAAGUCAUCAUCUUCUGAGCAUAAAGUAAUAUUUUCCAAGAUAAACUCGUAAUAUUAUGAUAUUCAAGUCAAAGAGCAUUGAGGGAAGCAAGUGAAUUUCAAAAAUACAACUUUAUUAUUGCAAUAUUACACCCUUAACUCUGAAAAAGAUGCCUUUUGGAGUUAUCUGUGACAGUAUAUUUUUGGAAAAAAAUUAGCUUUUGUUCUCGAAAAAAACGACUUCAUAUGCCCAUAGGGAGGAGUAAUUGGUAUAGUUUGUUUUGUUGGCACACUGGUCCCUUUAUGUACAGCAGGUAUGAACAUUUUAAAAACGGUACAACAUACUGUGGUGCCCUGACAUAUGAGAUUAAUUAAGAUCCUGUGAGCACGUUCGUAACUCAGAACACAUUGAAAUGAAUAGAAAUGCUAUUAAUCCGUUACAGCCUCACCCCCCCCCCCCCCCCAAAAAAAAAACAAAAACAACCAAAAUGUUUGUUGCUAAGAAAAAUUGUUUGCGUCAAUUCAAUGGACAUCACGUACUGCUCCUUCUGGUGCACGUACAUUGGCCACCUGGGGGCAGUGCAGUAAUAUUAGUCAUUCUUCGCUGAGGAUAAAUAAUAUGCUUGUGAGUGUUGUUGCGUUAUCAGUCUACAUGUUGAGUCACUCGUACCUCAAGGCACCACUGUUAUUGCAAAUGAAUCCACAAAGCCCGGGGACCAGGGACCAGGGACCCCAGUUUGAGAACCGCUGGUUGAGCUCACCGCACAAUGGUAACGUAACGUAAAGACGUCUUCCGCUGCGACGCCACUUUGAGCGGCAUCAUCACCAUGUGACUCCUGCCAGCGCCACGUCGCACUUGCGCUUUGACGUCGCCAAACGCCACGAGUAGACGUACGGUACACGCGACUCUGCACUUAUCAACCAAUACAGUGCAUCCGGAAAGCAGUGACAGCGCUGGACUUUUUCCACAUUAAAUUAGAUUAAAUUAUUUUCUUUUUUUCCCCUCCUAAUUCUAAAAGUCUCUAAAAGUGAAGCACUGUGGCUGUUUUCCAGAUGCACUGAAGUAUUCACAGCGUUUCACUUUUUCCACAUUUAUUUUAGCAGAUUGUCCACAAAAAAAAAAAAAAAAAACAACAAAUCUGAUUAAUCAACGAGUCAACUCGUCGACUUCAGCACUCCGCAUCGACUAUUCACGCCUGGAGUCGACUCAUCGUUAAUCCCGUGUGUUUUUGGAAUCUCGUUUUCCAACUGACCAAUUUACAGAAGGCUUUCGACUUGCCCGUCUGCGGCUGUCGCCGGAUUUUAACGAUCUACCCGGAGUAGCGAAAUGUCCGCCCAACAAGGCGACAGAGUCUGCAUACGUCUGCGUCAAAUGGUGGUGGUUGGGAAUAGCGAACAAUGACGGUUUGUUUGUUUUUAUCUGCUUCUGUACAUGUGUGCGGAAAUAUGUCUUAACGUGAAAAUGGUCAGUGGCUCAAAAAAAGGUCGGGCCGCACUUCUGAAAAAAUAUAAAUGACUUUGUCACAUAAACAACUUCGAGUCAACUUUCAUCACAUUGUAGUCGACUAUAAAAACUAAUCGUUAGUCGUUCAAACCCUAAUACGGUAUAAGAAUUUGUGUUAACAAAUACACAAUCAAGUGAGUGGUUAAUAUUUUAUCGAUGGACCAUUACAGCCAAGUUUUGUCCGUUCCUCUCAAGCGCCUUCGAAGGCGCGCCGAUUCGCGGCCAUUUUCCGGUCUCUCAUGAUUCAAGUGGGGAAAACAUUUACUUAACAUAACAAAAUGGUGGAAAAAGCUGUGAAGCGCUGUGAAUACUUUGCGGAUGCACCGUACACCUUGUCUUCCAUUUUGAAAACUUUUUGAUGCGCCGAAUGUAUUUUGUCGUGGGCGGUGCAGGCCUCUCCAGGCCCGAUCUGGGAAGGAACGUUUACAAGCAGUGAUGAUGCAACUAUGUUUCACACAAUUUUGUAUAUUUAAUAAAGAACAUUUAGUGUUUCUUCCUCACAGUA